CUAGCGGUUGUGAAGAAUAAACGAUUACAUACGCUCGUGCCAAACAGAGGGCUCUCGCGCUGCUGCGUGCUCUAGCUUUCAGCAGACACAGCUCAGUAAUUUUAUCUGAGUCGCCGACUGUGCGUGUGGUAGGCGGACCCCGAACACUUUUCACAUCCCACUUUUGAGAAGAUUACUAGGACAAUUUAGUGGGAAACACAUGACAGUUACACAGCUGGGAGGGAAGGCGGACGGACGUGUAGUGGGACAGAAGAGGCAGGACAACACGCCGAGGGUCGAGACAGCCGAGAAACGAGCGGUGGCCAGAUCAGUGUGGAGAUAUUUGGAGUUGGAAGAGGACACUGAUACUUCCCUGAUCCCAGGAGGAAAUUAAAAACGUCACUCUCUUAGCUCUUACGGUGCAUUCACACAGACUCGAGCAUCUUCACAUUUCCGCAGAGAGAUUAUCACUCACCUGAGCAGAAAUGAGUGAGGAUAAACCAGCUGAGACUGUGGAAACUUCCCCAGCGGAGGUGAAUGCUAUUCCUAAUGGGAAGGGCCACGAGCCUGGGGAGGAGAUCACAGCAUCAGCCAAAACACCGCCUGCAGAGGAUUGUGAAAAGGAAACUGUAGCCAAUAGUGCCCAGAAUGCUAGUUCACACGGAACUGAAAAUACAGAAUCCAACCUCCCAGAGAGCCAGGAGUUCUUAUCAGGUGUGGAGGACAAGAAGACAACACGCUUUACAGAUUUUGAAGGAAAAACCUCAUUCGGGAUGUCCGUCUUCAACCUUGGAAAUGCAAUCAUGGGAAGUGGAAUUCUAGGACUUGCAUAUGCUAUGGCCAACACAGGGAUCGUCUUGUUUCUGUUACUCCUUACAGUGGUAGCUGUCCUGUCAUCGUAUUCCAUCCAUUUACUCUUAAAGUCAUCAGGUAUUGUAGGUAUUCGUGCGUAUGAGCAGCUCGGCUACAGGGCUUUUGGGACGCCGGGAAAGAUGGCGGCAGGUAUUGCCAUUACGCUGCAGAACAUUGGAGCCAUGUCCAGUUACCUUUACAUAGUCAAGUAUGAGUUUCCUCUGGUCAUCCAGGCAUUUCUGAAAGUGGAUAAGCCAGCAGGAGAGUGGUACCUGAAUGGAAACUACCUGGUCAUCAUUGUUUCUGUGGCAGUAAUAUUACCACUGGCUCUUAUGAAACAGCUCGGAUACCUGGGAUACACCAGUGGCUUCUCACUGAGCUGCAUGGUUUUCUUCCUUAUUGCUGUCAUCUACAAGAAGUUCAAUGUCCCUUGUCCAUUUGUGGACUUUGCAUUUAACAGCACUGCCAGCGAAAUGAGUGUCAAUGCCACAGAUCCUGGCGGGGAGGUCGAUCCUGCCUGUAUUCCCAAGUUGGCCAACCUCAACUCACAAACGGCCUACACCAUCCCCAUCCUGGCGUUCGCCUUUGUGUGCCACCCAGAGGUCCUCCCCAUCUACACAGAGCUGCGCAAUGCCACCAAGAAAAAGAUGCAGCAUGUGUCCAACAUCUCCAUUGCAGUUAUGUACAUCAUGUACUUCCUGGCUGCUCUUUUUGGAUACCUGACAUUUUAUGGUGAAGUGGAAGCAGAGCUGCUCCACACCUACAGUCGUAUUGACCCGUAUGACACUUUAAUUUUGUGUGUGCGUGUUGCUGUGCUCACUGCUGUCACACUUACUGUACCAAUCGUCCUCUUUCCUGUACGGCGAGCAAUCCAGCAGAUGAUGUUCCCCAACAAAACCUUCAACUGGGCUCGCCACAUUGCCAUUGCCAUAAUUUUGCUCACUUUCAUCAACCUGCUGGUUAUCUUUGCCCCGAAUAUCCUGGGCAUUUUUGGGGUCAUUGGUGCCACGUCUGCUCCCUGUCUCAUCUUCAUCUUCCCUGCUGUCUUCUAUAUCCGUAUUGUACCCAAAGAAGAGGAGCCACUGCGCUCACUUCCCAAAAUCCUGGCUGCCUGUUUUGCAGGGAUUGGCUUCCUGUUUAUGACAAUGAGUCUCAGCUUUAUCAUCAUUGAUUGGACAUCAGGCACCAGUAAAGCCAGCAGUGGUCAUUAAGCAUGUUUCCCUUUUUUGUUUUCCUGUUUUUUUAUGUUGAUUUGGAUCUUUGUUGUAAUGUUACUGUUUUUAACUUUCAAUCAUUGAUGUUCAAGAUGCCCUGUCCUUUCCAUUAGAAAUUGUCAGCCACAGAAACUAGAGUGCUCACUCUCACUCUGAUGAGAUUAUUAUUAUACAGGUUACUGUGGAUCCUGCCAAACAAUGACUGCCCAGUCUAGUAAACUUUCUCUGAGAGCUGAUAGUGAAUUUACUUGGAGGCCAGGUAUGUUAAGAUUGAUGGUGACACUUGGAGGCUGUGCCUUGUGAGAGAAGAAGAAGAAGA